AUGGAUCCAGGCAUGUGUUGGGCCGUCUACCUGGACGACAGGGUCGAGAGGGAGCGCUGGGUAGAUAAGGACGGCCAGCAGAGCCUGACGGAGUCGACUGAGCUGGCCGUCAACGUGGCUCGCAUCCUCAGCAUAUCCAGGCAGGUGUAUAUAUGCAACUCGGGGAUAUCGUUCGCUACCAAGGUCGCCGAGUUGAGUGACUCGAUGACCCCCGACCGUGUCCGCGACGCCGAGGCUGAUAUCGUGCCCGUCCUCGCCUUCAUCGACAUCGCCGUGUCCGGGGAUGCGGAGUCAUCACACAACCGUCGCUCGUCGCUCAAUCUCACACCUCUCCCACAGUCACAGCAGUCACCGCAGCAGCAAUCCUCUGCCAUCUCUCCGUCCACAUCCACCUCCAGACGCAGUCUGGCCUUCUCAUCCGAGUCAGAAGAGCUGUUCGGCCUCCAUCUCCUCUCGCGCUUUUCGGCGGAUAUACAGGCCCGCGAAACACCACACGCCAUCAUUCCAGUCGCCAUUUUGAGAAAUGUACAGCCUCAGUCGUCUACCUCCACGCAUACGCUGCGGAGUGGCAGACAUGUCGAAAGCAGCCAGUCAACAAAGUCAAGCUCGAAACGGCCAGAUGACCGUCAGAUAUAUAGAUGUUUAGACGCAGGUGCCGUGGACGUCUUGGUGUCGCCUAUCGGUCAGACCAGAGUCCACGGGCUGCUCACCCAUGCGUAUCGGAUACGUAAAGCGGCGCUGAAGGAGAAUAGUCGGUUCCUGGCAAUGUCCGGUCAGAAGAUGAGAAAGUAUUCGUGGGUAGGCGUCAGCACGACCGGCGAUGAUGAGAGACCGUAUGCAUAUUUACGAGAGGCCAUGGUCUCGAAACUGAUGAAGAGGAUAUGUAACCCUGAAGAAGCGCUGGACGACUCGUUGAUCAGCGACGUGUGCGUAUCGGAUGAACGCAAGGAGGAAGUCAAGGCUGCAAUUGCAGAAUGGCAUUUCUGUGCUCAUGACUUUACAGAUGAUGAACUUUGUUAUGCUUCUUGUUUGAUGUUUGAACAUGCUUUUAUCAUGCCCGAGUUGAAGCGUUGGAGGAUCAGUCGCGAGGACCUACGAGAAUUCGUACUUUCUUGUCGUGCGGCAUAUAACUCCUUCAUACUCUACCACAACUUCCGUCACGCCGUCGAUGUUCUCCAAUCAACCUUCCACAUCCUCGUACGCAUAGGAGUCUCCGGCCUCCUAACCCCCUUUGAUGCUCUCACCCUCCUCGUCACAGCUCUCGGUCACGACGUAGGCCAUCCCGGAGUCAACAACAUGUUCCUCGUCAAACUCAACGCCCCGCUUGCCCAGCUAUAUAAUGACAGAUCAGUUCUUGAAGCCUUUCAUUGUGCAGCUUACUCGCAAAUAUUACGCCGUCACUGGCCGAGUGUUUUCCAGGAUACCGAGCUGCGGACGCUCAUGAUCAGCUCCAUAUUGGCUACUGAUAUGGGUAUUCACAAUCGCUUUAUUGACGAGCUAGGGAAGAUCAGGGGUAGGUUCCAGGCUGACGGGAGGAAGAUGGACGACUGGGCGGAGAAGGAUAUCAGGGAGUAUCGCGUCCUGCUCUGUGCCUUGGUCAUCAAGUGUGCGGACAUCAGUAACGUGGCACGCCCAUUUAACGUUGCGGAACAAUGGACCGACGUCCUACUGCAGGAAUUUGCUAACCAAGGAGAAAUGGAAGUAAACAUCGGCAUAGAGACGGCCCUGUUUGGUGGUCCUCCCGAGCUAGGCAACUUUAUCAAGAAAGCAAAGGGCCAAGUUGGCUUCAUGGACAUCUUCUGUCUUCCCUUAUUCGACGGAGUAACCGACAUCCUUCCCGAUAUGGCCUUUGCCGCCAACAGCAUACGACGCAACAGGUUCAUAUGGGGUAAACUUAUCGACCACGAGGAAGAGCUGGCGUCCCACAGGGCCCAGAACUGCAGCACACCACGCUGUCAGAGUCCAGACACAACAUGGAGACAAUAUAGGAAGCGGCUGGUAGAGGAAGGCCCGGCGUCCAUGGGAUAUACCAUUCAACAUCGCUCACCGCCGCAGUCACCCAUUCGCUCUCCACCGCAACUUGACGGUGAGGGUGACACGAACGUGCAGAUACCCCCGACAACAUCGACAAACGUCACCUCUAUCAACGGUUUAAAUCACGUCAAUCGUCAAUCGCAACGCUCAGCAGGCCGAUCGUCGGUCCCAAAUACAACUCGCACAAUUGACUCUGGAAGCGGAGGCAGUGGUUGUGGCGGUGGAGUACGCACCCAAAGCGCAAGCACCUAUACGAACAAUACGCUAAUUACUCCGCUCUCUUCCACUACCCAGGCAAGCAGUGUUAUCAGUGCAGGAAGCAGUUUUGAUGAAAAGGAUGGUAACUGUCAGUUAUACCGACACCUCAACUUUAAAUCGGGGACGCAUGCUCCUGAUCGUGAUCGUGAACAUACGGGACUAGAUGGCAUUGCUGCUGGCGGUGUCAGCACUGCUAGCAGCUAUACCUCUAGCCUUGCACCGAAUGAUGAUCAUGAACAUGAACAUGAGAUUCCAUGCCAGGGUAUGUUUGCUGACGAAAACCUUCCAUGUCCAGUCAACGCGUUACCCCCGACAGACGGAGCGGACGCCUACCAUCCUCAGCACUGGUAUGAUCAUGCCGCCAGUAGCAACAGCAGCCCAACCCGCCAGCCGGGCGAGAGACGGUCGAAGUUCAUGAGUGGUCUGUUCGAGAAAAGUCUCAUAAACAAAGACAACAAUAAUAGCAGCAGCAACAACAACAACAACGGCAGUAAUAACCACCCAGCCGGCCUAUCAUAUACGAAAUCUGCCCAAUCGACACCUACCGUACAUAACAACGGCCACAACACACGCGGCCGACGUGGUCCAACAAGUCAUCCUCGCUCAACACCUUCUAGCCCACCAUUACCUCCAUGCAUUCCCUCAUUCGAUAACAAUGCAAAUAACGCUCAUCUCUCGUCCCUACCGCCCAAUAAUGCAACGAUACCUCGACGCCGGUCCCGGCUCCGCCUUGCCUUCUGGCGCCGUUCAAAACCCCAGGGCCCAGGACACCCGCAUUCCCCACCUCAGUCAGACUCUGCCCCGUCGACUACGCCAUCGGUAUCGAGCAUGGUGAGCACAUCAGAUCAUUAUUAG